AUGCAGUCGAUUCAUAACAAGCUGCUUAAUCUCAAACUUUUCACCAUUCUUGACCGUAACCUUGGAACCUUCGAAAUGUCCUUUGGAUUCAGCUCGGCACAUCCAGUUGGGCCACGACAGCUUGAUGGAAGUCCAUUUCGCCUAUAUGCAUAUGGAGAUGGCAUGAACGGACUUUCGGUGUUUUAUGCCGAUGGCCAAGCUCAGAUUGGUGACAUCUCGCUCUCGAACGCAACUACCAAGAUACCGAUUUACUUCACAAUCGAAUCAAACUCAAAUUAUUGGGUUGCGCACGUCGAUACUACAGCUAAAUCUUCGAAUUCUAGCUCCUUCCAGACAGCCGACGUGUCCUCCACAACCAACCUGCUGAGUUUGACCAAGACUAGUGAACUGGUCAAUUCUGUCAGCUUCAGCAAUGACGGGGUCAGUACUGAUACAGUUAGUGGCUCAUCGACGAAACUCACCAAUGUCUGGACGCUAUAUGGAAAAUAUGUCCUGCUCAAUCAGCCCAAGGCGAACUUCUAUGCUAAACCGACUGACAAAAAGGGAUGGUAUUUACUGACGUGGAGUACAACGGUUGAUGCGUCUGUUGGUAAUACUCCGGUGAAUCUGAGGACGAUUGGGCCUUUGAGUAGCUAG